UUGUGCGAAUCAAAAAUGGGCCCUUCGCACACGGCAGCAGCGGCGCAGGAUGAAGAAGCACUCCUCCAGCACCACUCACUGCCACGGUGCGGAAGCAUGUUGGGCGGGGUGGCGGGUCGGCACAUGAGCAACCGUCGGCGCGGCAGCACGCCCAACACCUCGUCGGCGCUCAAGUCGGCGCUGAGCGGCAGCCCGUCGGAAUGGCAUGCGACGCCGGUGGCGACGACGCCGUCGUCGCGGCGCCAGAGCGUGUUCUCGGCGGUGGCGCCGGCGACGACGGCGCCAUCCGUGUCGGCUCGUGCCAACCUGGAGGGUGUUCUGGCGAGCGGGUUGCCAUCUGGCAGGGGCAGUCUGCAGCAGCGGCACGUGCGCCUCUCCAUCCCUGAAGUCAGCUCGCCCCGCUACCGCCGCAGAAGGGCCGUCACGGACAGUGACCAAAAAACAUGCGCCCUCAUCCAGUCGCGCUUGAAAUUGGGCGACAUCAUGCUUGCGGCAGCCCAAGAGGCUGCGGCGCAGCAGCAGCGAGACGGCGAGGUUCGUGAUCUCGGGGCCGCCGCAGGCACGGGUAUGGGCGGUCGGCGCGGAGGUGCAGGGGCCGACCCAGGCGCCAAAGGACCGAGCUCGCUCUUCAUCCUCAGCGAAGAAAACCCCCUCAGGAGAUACACUCGUUUCAUCAUCGAGUGGCCUCCGUUCGAGUACGCUGUCUUGCUGACAAUUAUUGCAAACUGCAUUGUUCUCGCACUGGAGGAACAUCUGCCAAAUGGGGACCGCACCAUCCUCGCCCAGAAAUUGGAGCUGACUGAACCUUACUUUUUAGGAAUUUUUUGUGUUGAAGCAUCAUUGAAAAUACUAGCGUUAGGAUUUGUUCUUCAUCCUCGUUCCUAUCUUCGCAAUAUCUGGAACAUGAUGGAUUUCGUCGUAGUGGUCACAGGGUUCAUCACACUUUUUCCUCAGAAUGACUUAGAUGUUGAUCUGAGGACUUUAAGAGCCAUCAGAGUGCUUAGACCUCUCAAAUUAGUAUCGGGGAUUCCCAGUCUGCAAGUGGUGUUAAAGUCCAUCAUCAAAGCCAUGGCACCCUUGCUGCAGAUAGGCCUGCUCGUGUUAUUCGCCAUUGUUAUAUUCGCCAUCAUUGGGCUCGAGUUUUACUGCGGGGCCUUGCACAAAACGUGUUACAGUCUCGAGGAACUCACUCGAGUGUACAAAGAGGGUGAAUGGGCAACGCCUUGUAACACGGACAACAAGACAGAAGCGCCUGCGGGCAGUUACGUGUGUAACUCGUCCGUCUCCACGUGCCUAGAAGACUGGGAAGGCCCCAAUUUUGGGAUAACGUCCUUUGAUAACAUAGGAUUCGCUAUGUUAACUGUGUUCCAAUGUAUUACCAUGGAGGGGUGGACCCAGGUGUUGUAUUGGACAAAUGAUGCUUUAGGGAGCACAUUCAAUUGGAUAUAUUUUGUACCGCUUAUCGUCAUAGGUUCCUUUUUUAUGCUCAAUUUAGUUCUCGGUGUUCUUAGCGGUGAAUUUGCAAAAGAGAGAGAAAAAGUAGAAAACAGACAAACAUUUUUGAAGCUUAGAAGAGCGCAACAGUUAGAGCGAGAGUUGAAUGGAUACGUAGAGUGGAUAUGUAGAGCAGAGGAAGUGAUAUUAGCCGAGGAGAGAACGACAGACGAAGAAAAAAUGCAUAUAAUCGAAGCGAGGAGAAGAGCAGCCGCUAAGCGCAAAAAAUUAAAAAAUCUGGGCAAAAGCAAAAGCACAGACACCGAGGAAGAGGAGAACGAAGAGGAAGGAGACGAUGCUAAAGUGGUGCUCAUAAAUAAUUUUUUUGGUGUCGUGCCUAAUAAGAAAAAAAGUAAAGUAAAAAACCAAGGAGCCUGUGUAGAAUUUUGGAGAGCAGAGAAGAGAUUAAGAUUUUGGAUACGACACACAGUAAAACAACAAUGGUUUUACUGGUUUGUUAUCGUACUUGUGUUUUUCAACACAGCCUGUGUAGCAGUAGAACACUAUGGGCAGCCACCAUGGCUGACAUCGUUUUUAUAUAUAGCAGAAUACGUUUUUUUAGGACUAUUCAUGAUGGAGAUGUUUAUAAAAAUGUACGCACUAGGACCAAGAAUAUACUUCGAGUCUUCAUUCAAUAGAUUCGAUUGUGUAGUCAUCAGUGGCUCUAUUUUUGAAGUUGUUUGGUCAGAACUGAAAUCGGGAUCGUUCGGUCUCUCAGUGCUAAGAGCCUUGCGACUACUGCGCAUUUUCAAAGUGACCAAAUACUGGUCUUCGCUGAGAAACCUCGUAAUAUCAUUGCUCAACUCGAUGAGAUCCAUCAUUUCUCUGUUGUUCCUGCUGUUCUUGUUCAUCCUGAUCUUUGCACUGCUUGGCAUGCAAUUGUUCGGGGGAGCAUUCAACUUCGAAGAUGGAACACCGCCUACUAACUUCAACACAUUCCCUAUUGCACUGCUUACGGUCUUCCAAAUCUUGACUGGCGAGGAUUGGAACGAGGUGAUGUACCAAGGAAUUCUGUCGCAAGGAGGCCACAAGAAGGGCAUGAUUUACUCGUUGUACUUCAUCAUUCUGGUGCUCUUUGGUAACUAUACUCUGCUAAACGUCUUCUUGGCUAUCGCUGUCGACAACUUGGCGAACGCGCAAGAACUGACCGCGGCUGAAGAGGAGCAAGAGGAGGAAGACAAGGAGAAACAACUUCUGGAGCUAGAAAAGGAGAUCGACGCUUUGCAGAUGAACCCCGACGGCACCCCUGCGAACGGGGACGGCGGAGGGGGCGGCAAAGGGGGAGCCAAAAAGCCUGCCAAAAAGGAGGAUGAGGAAAAGAAGGAUGUGGGAGACGACGACCAACCGGGCCCGAAGCCAAUGCUGCCCUACUCGUCCAUGUUCGUCCUCACCUCCACCAAUCCGGUGAGGAAAGCAGCGCAUUGGGUUGUGAAUCUGCGCUACUUUGACUUCUUCAUCAUGGUGGUGAUCAGUUUGAGCUCCAUCGCUCUGGCUGCCGAAGACCCUGUGGUGGAGGAGAGCACUAGAAAUCGCAUUCUCAACUACUUUGACUACGCCUUCACUGGUGUGUUCACGAUAGAGAUGCUUUUAAAGAUUGUAGAUUUAGGCGUAAUACUGCAUCCUGGUUCGUACUUGCGAGAGUUUUGGAACAUUAUGGACGCAGUGGUAGUCAUCUGCGCCGCCGUGUCAUUCGGCUUCGACAUGUCAGGGAGCUCUGCGGGUCAGAACUUGAGUACAAUCAAAUCGCUGAGGGUGUUGCGUGUGCUGCGACCCCUGAAAACCAUCAAACGAGUGCCGAAGCUCAAGGCCGUGUUUGACUGCGUGAUCAACUCGCUGAAGAAUGUCAUCAACAUCUUGAUCGUCUACAUUUUGUUCCACUUUAUCUUCGCUGUGAUCGCGGUGCAGCUGUUCAACGGCAAGUUUUUCUACUGCACGGACGAGAGCAAGCACACUGCCGAGGACUGCCAGGGCCAGUACUUCAAGUUUGACCCUGAGAACCAACUGCCGUCAGCGGCGCCCAGGGAGUGGAGACAGCAGAGCUUCCAUUACGACAACGUCAUGGCUGCCAUGCUCACCUUGUUCGCCGUCCAGACCGGCGAAGGAUGGCCUCAGGUGCUGCAAAAUUCAAUGGCGGCGACCUACGAAGACGAGGGACCGAUUCAAAACUUUCGCAUCGAAAUGUCCAUAUUCUACGUCGUUUACUUCGUGGUGUUCCCUUUCUUCUUCGUGAACAUCUUCGUCGCCUUGAUUAUCAUCACCUUCCAAGAGCAGGGUGAAGCUGAGCUGCAGGACGGCGAAAUAGACAAAAAUCAGAAAUCGUGCAUUGAUUUCACGAUAGGCGCGCGGCCCUUGGAGCGGUACAUGCCCAACAGACGGAACAGUUUGAAAUACAAAAUCUGGCGAGUGGUGGUGUCCUCGCCUUUUGAAUAUUUCAUCAUGCUGUUGAUUGUGCUAAACACGCUACUUCUCAUGAUGAAGUAUCAUGAGGCUCCUGGGAUGCUCACCGAUGUACUAGGAAUGACCAAUAACAUCUUUACAAUGUUCUUCCUGUUAGAAACUAUACUAAAAAUAUUAGCCUAUGGGUUAAAGAAUUUCUUCAAAGACCCGUGGAACACAUUCGAUUUCAUCACUGUGAUAGGAAGUAUAGUUGACGCGUUAGUAGUAGAGUUUGGGGAAAACUCGAUCAACGUCGGUUUCUUGCGACUGUUCCGAGCUGCUCGCCUCAUCAAACUUCUCCGCCAAGGUUACACCAUUAGAAUUUUACUGUGGACCUUUGUACAGUCUUUCAAGGCCUUGCCUUAUGUAUGUUUGCUCAUUGCCAUGCUGUUCUUCAUCUACGCCAUCAUCGGAAUGCAGGUGUUUGGUAACAUAGCCCUCGACCCUGAGACCUCAAUCACAAGGCAUAACAACUUCCGAAGCUUCGUGCAGGGUCUAAUGUUGUUGUUCAGGUGUGCAACAGGCGAAGCGUGGCCAUCAAUUAUGCUGUCUUGCAUCAAAGGCAGACCCUGUGAUCCGAGGGCACAAAAGCCAGAAGGCGAGGGAUGCGGCUCCAACCUUGCUUACGCCUAUUUUGUCUCUUUCAUCUUCUUCUGUUCCUUUUUGAUGUUGAACUUGUUCGUCGCUGUCAUUAUGGACAACUUUGAUUACUUAACAAGAGACUCGUCCAUCCUCGGAGCCCAUCACCUGGAUGAAUUCGUGCGGAUAUGGGCAGAAUACGAUCCAAACGCAACGGGUAAAAUAUUGUACUCGGAAAUGUACGAUAUGCUGAAAAACAUGGAUCCACCGCUUGGCUUUGGAGGAAAAUGUCCAAACAGAUUAGCGUACAAGAAAUUAAUAAGAAUGAACAUGCCUUUAGACAAAGAUAUGAAAGUGCAUUUUACCACGACCUUAUUCGCGCUCAUCAGAGAGAAUCUGAGCAUAAAAGUUCGCAGUGCCGAAGAAAUGGACCAAGCCGAUGCGGAGUUGCGAGAAACAGUGCAAAACAUCUGGCCUCUUCAAGCGAAGAAGAUGCUGGACUUGUUGAUACCGAAAACCGACGAACUGAACAAAGGGAAGCUGACGGUGGGCAAGGUCUACGCUGGGCUUCUCAUCCUCGAGAACUGGAGGAUGACGCGAUUUGGCCAAAUCGAAGGAGCUACAGUGCCUGAUGAGAGUGGGGAGCAAACACCCUCGCCUCAAGGGAAGUCGUCGUUCUUCAACUGCCUCAUGGACAUGGCUUGGAACAAGCACGAGGACGGAACUGACGAGGAGAAAGUCGGCCUCACCUCCAAUACGGAGCGGAAGCCUAGCUUCAGGGGGAACAAAAACAAGACAAUGGAGCUGACUGACGUGGUCGUGGGCGCCGGCACGACCGCUGGGGCUGUGGCUGGGGGCCUCUCGGCGCACCCCUCGAUGGAGAGUCUCGGCGAGCACGGACACCUCCAGCCAGACUACGGCCACGGAAGGUAUGGAUCUCCACCGCACUCGUGUGCGGGAAGUCCGCCACAUCCCCAACAAGGUGGCUAUCAUUCCCCGACACAAGUCGAUGGUCACCACGUAAGGCACGGAAUGCACCGUUCUCCUUCCUCGAGAGGUCAUCACCAUCCACACCACCAUCCUGGUUUCAGUGACACCGUGUCCAACGUGGUCGACCUCGUCAAGCACGACAUCAGACACUCCAGAGGGCAUGUGUAUCACGAUGAAGAGGGAUCGUGGUCGUUGUCCAACAGUCCAGAGCACUACGGAAUGCACUCGAGAAGUCCGAGCCCUGUAGGCCACCACGGCGGCCGCUACGUGCACAGCCACUCGCACAUGGUCACCGGACACAAAACUGGACCUCACCUCCACCACCACAGACCACUCGUCUACCCCGCUCGAAUGAGAAUGGGUGCGUCGCCAGCGCGGCAGCAGUACGGCACGACGAGCUUGGAGCAGCGGUCGCGGAGCCCGUCGCCGACGUCGCACCGGCGACAUGGCAGCCAGGCGCCGCCGCAUCCGCACUCGCACACGGGCCACUCUUACCCGGUGCUGACGCCGAGCGGCGGGCGACGCGGCGCCGGGCGACGGCUACCGGCCACGCCUAACAAGCCGUCGACGCUGCACCUGUCGCCGCAGCAACAGCAGUUUCCGCACCUCAACCGCUCGCCGACAGGCAGCAGCCUGCCGGUGCCCGGUGGCCUCAAGCCGGGGACGGCGGGGGUGGUGCCGCCCAACUCCAACAUCAACUUUCCCAAGCUGAACGCGUCGCCGACGCACGGACCCAAACCGGAGCUACCCUACAUCGGCAUCGGCAGCAGCGGGCGCCGCAUCGUCUCGGCCACCAUGGGCCGCUUCGAGGAGCCCCUCAGCUUCGAGCAGGCCAUGGCCAUGGGCCGCGGCGGGCCCGGCCUGCUGAGCGGCGGCAGCGGCCGCCAGCUGCCGUCGCCGGUGCCCAACGGCUACAAGCCCGGCUCCUCGGAGCAGCGCCGGCCGCCGAACGCGACCGGCACGCCCCGCGACCAGCGCCGCGGCCCCGGCGGCGGCGGUGCAGGGCCGCGCCACAGUGACUCGGACGAGGACGACUGGUGCUAGCCAAUGGCCGGCGGGCAGGGAACCGACACGGACUCGUUUUACGCGGGAGCCGCCGCAGUGAGCUGCUCGGACUUCGCGCCGCUCAUUCCGCCCUCUCCCGACGCCCUGCCCGCGCCCCCCAGCUAACGAAUGACGGCAAGUGAUCCACACACGUUCGUUUGACCGCAACUCACCACGACGCCCUCCAGCCCCCGCCCCAGCCCCCUCACGCAGACAAACACACACAAACGACAGAUUCAUAUAAAAGGUUUCCUUGAUUUGAGGUGAAUAAUUCAAAUAAUAUGGGAUCAACAACCUACCUAUAAACGAUAAUUACGAACUUACUUACUUGUUACCUUGAUAAAUAGUAGCCCGCGUGGAUUCACUCACACACUAACACUCUCACACACACAAACAUGCAAACUCUCACGGUUGAAUUACACACACCCUCUUAUUGCAUCCUAGUACCUCUCGAGUGAGCAGUCAGACCGCGCAUAGGGACAUUAUAUACGAUUAAAACUCUGCUCUGGGGGUCGAAAUAAUACACUCUCUCUCUUUCUCUCUAUCUCUCUCUCUCUCUAUCACACACACACUCACACUGACAGUCACACACGCCCCAUCGAACGAAACAAAAGAGCAAGAGGUGUAAAGGAUAUUAAACGGAAAAAAACGCGCUGAUGAUGUAAACAGACACGACGACGAGGAGGGAUUGAAAAUCUCUUUUCUUCAAACAACUGCCACAUACAUGCUGAGAAUCAUGGAGGAUAUUUCAUACCUUAUUAAUUACAGAAAGAUGAAGAAUAUACGAGAAAUCUUUGCAUAACAAUAUUAUAUGAAUAUAUGACGAAUUAAUCACGAUGCUAAUUGUAUAGAAAACAUUAUUAAAUACAUUUAUAUUAUUACUACUUACUACCGAGAAGAAAAAGAAAAAAGAGGAAUAUCUACCGCUACUACAAAAAGUACACACUUUGUAUUUAAAACAAUCUCUGAGAAUUAUUGGUUGCGGCUGCCUCCCAGAGAUCGCAAUUAAUUCUUUUAGCAUUCGCCCUCGGCCCAGACCCCCGGCCCCUGCCCUGCCCCCCAACACAUGCAGACAGACCGUGUAAAUAACUAUAAUAUAUAGACUAUCGAAAUCAAGCGCGCUUGAGAACCAAAAUACAUAUAUGCGUACGCGCGUCUGUUCAAAACGAAAGCGUCACAGUUGUGCGCGGCAUCAUUCUGUGCGUGGGUGCGAUGAAAAUGACUCUGAUGAAUAUGUCCAAGAUGACAGAGAGUGCGCGUGUGAAGUUGCGUCGAACCAAACUGUAUACAUUUCGCGAAUCCAGUGUAAACACGAGACCGUUUUCAUACGAUAAAACUUAUCGAAAGGGUGCAUGCCGUUGUAAAUAAACUACAAAAUGAGAAACACUAACACACACUAACACACUCACACACACACAUUUAUAUCAAAAAACAAACACGUACUUCAUGAUGGUUAGCAUUUGUAUAAAUAUUAUAUAUAUAUAUAUAUGAAAUUAUCGAUCGAGAGUCGCAUUUUUCCGUUCAAACUCUAUCUGUCUCUGAUGGUUUUGAUGAGCUGUGACAUCUCUCCCCCUCUCUAAUCAACGUUGACAAUUUUUGCAUCUAGUAAUUAUUCGAGAAGCACAAUAAAGAUCGGACCCAAAUGAAAUGAAAAGAAAUAAUUAUUGUGUUGCGAAUCUGCGUUUUUUAAUGUUACGUUGUGUUUGCUGUAUUGUGCAAUCUAUAAUGCUGAACAAAAUAUAAUAGCUGUUGAACUAUUGGACUCGCUGGGAUAAAACGAUGUAAACGAUAGAGACUUGAUGAGUUGCUCUCACGGAACCACCCGAUUCAAUUGAUUCUUUGAGCUACGUAUAAUCUCGAGACGCUGAAAAUAAUAUUGUAUGUUUCUUACACAACGCCCUCCUCAUCCCUGUAAUUGUUUCUGAUGCAUCAAAUGAAAGUUACAAGGCGUGUAAAUUACCGAGAUAAUUAUAUUAACUGUACCCCCGAAUCUCUCCUGAUAAGUGCUUUUAAUAUUGACAAAUUGAAAAAUACACUUACUGCUUAUGAAAUAUUCAUAAUGUGUGUAAAUAAAUGAUAUAAAUUUUUUUCGUCUGUGAUAUUAAAAGACAAUUUUCAUGUUAGUAUCCUUGACAUAUUGAGAGAGCAAACAAAAACUCAUCACUACCGCAUCCCCUUCAAUUUUAGCUUGUCAACAAACGAAUUGAUAUAUAAAAAAUCAGUCUUGUUAGCUUUGAAUGACGGCAAAUCCUCGCGGCUCGCGCAGGACGAAAAAUAGCUGCUACGUUUCCGAUAUAAUUACCACGCAUAUUGAUCUAGCAAGUCGUGUCAUUCCAAAACAGUUGUAUCCCUGAUUUUCUGGCACAAAACUCUCGUCACUUCUCCGGCAGAAUACUCUCGAAACGGUGUGCAUGCGACCCAUGCUAGCAAAAACACGCAUAAAAUUGUAGUUGAAGCGCCAUUGUUCGUUUGACUCUUUUCGCAAAUAUGCCGUCAAACUAAGUCAACUGCCAAAUAACAUGUGUCCUCUUUUGAAGAGAAAACAACGUUGAAAACUUUGCACAAUAUUCGAAUUUUUAAAAUCCAUUCUCUCUCUCACACACACAGACACCACACACUUCCACAAACACACACACACACACAAAGACGAUGUAAUUAUCUUGGCUGAGACGUGCUUUCCGCAUUUCAUAAUAGUUAACGAUGUGUGUCAAACUAAAAAAAGCCAAUCGGAGUAUGCAACCGGUGCGACACGAGAGACCAGAUGUUUGCCUAUCACGCAUUUCGGGAGAACGUGAUAAACAGCGCUCCCCCAAGGUUGAAAAAGGCGCCUAACAGUAGAGUUUUUCGAAAUAAAACGAGCCAGAAAAUCGCAAAGAAUCAAAAAGUAUCGUUUAACCAACAGGUAAUCACUGCAUAAUUAUAAAAUAACGCUGUAUAAUUUCUUAUAUGAAGUGGCGGUGAGUAAUAAAAUUGAAGGAAAAAUGCCGCCGAGAGAAUUACAAUCGAAUCCUAAAUAUUAAUAUUGGACAAACCCGAGGCAAACGGAUUUAAAUCAAUAGAGAGUGUGUAUAUAAGGAUGCGCGCUUAUCAGCCUAAAAUUUACAAAUCGGUAUGAGUUGUGGACGUCAAAAUAAGCUUUCUUGCCCUUUGUGACUCGGACACACACACACACCACACACUCACUCUAGCUUUGUAAUUAAUUCCCUUCUCUAUCUCUCAAUCUCAACCUUACUGCACACACAACACACACACACGUACACACACACACAAGCAGCGUCGAAUUUGAUUGCGUGUGGUUUGUUUGUUGCUUUCCGCUCCCCUAGCAGUCCUUGUUUUGCGAGCAGUGGGAAUUUUUAGCAAGAAACGAAUAACUUGUUUUCGCAUUCACACAAGACACACACACACACACAGACAGACACACACAUCCAACUGUAUGGAGACACUUUACUUCCCAGUGGAAAUUGCUGCAUUUUUUAAUUUUUAAGAAUGGAUGAGGAAGCAACAUUUUCUUACUUGCACACACACGCCUUUUCUAAUUUGGAUAUAAAGCAAAACGAUUGAUUAAAAUACAUAAAAUAAAAUCAUAUCAUAUUUACUGCAAUGUGUGUUUGACUGCAGUAUUUCGGUAUAUAUGAACAAAAUGGAAAUAUUGUUGCAGCUUUAAAAAUAAUUGUAUGGAAUUCAUUCUUUCUCUCAUCACACCUGUGAAACUAAAGAUUUACAAAAGGUAUAAAAGUUGACAAAAAAAUAAUGAAUAUAUCUAUAGAUCAAACAAAAAUAUUGGAAAUAAUUUCCCAACUGUAGUAUUUAUAUUUAGUGUCAGGAUGUUGCUUGAAAAGUUU